AUUAAUCUCUAUAAAAAGAGCGAUAUUGCUCUGAGCUCAAUAUAAAGUUAGCAGGGUCUAAUGGAGAUGAUUAAUCAUCAUUCUCAGUCUCAAUGGGUAGUGGAGAAUGUGCUGGGCAUGAUAGGUGGCCAUGGAGAUUCCAGUUAUGCUCUUAAUUCUCUAUCAGUUCAGAUAAAGAUGAUCCGGGUUGUGAUACCAAUUCUGGAGGGCGCUAUUUAUGAAAAGAUGAGAGUGAAGUUGAAUGGGGCCGGCAUAUUUAGUAUAGCAGAUUUCGGCUGUGGCACAGGGGGGAAUACUCUUCUGGUAGCAGACACCAUUGUUAGAGCUGUGAAAUGCUCACUUGGGGAAGGGGAGGAGCCAGAAUUUGAAGUAUAUUUUGCUGAUCUUCCCUUCAAUGAUUUCAAUUCACUGCUUCGAACGAUGCCUCGGACCCAACAAGCCUAUGCCGAUGCAGAACACGAUGGUGAUACCAACCCAGUGGCUACAGGAUCUUACGUUGCAGCGGCUGUUUGUGGGUCACAUUUCAGUCGUUUGUUCCCACGAAAAAGCCUGCAUUUCUGUCAUUCUUCUCUCAGUCUCCACUGGCUAUCAAAGGUGCCAGAGACUGUUCGAGAAAGAAGAUCUCCUCGUGUGUACGUUUCAAGUGAUUGUGAGGAGGCAGUGGGAACUGGUUAUCUACAUCAGUUUAACACAGACUUCACAAGGUUUUUAAAUGCCCGGGCAGAAGAGACAGUUGAUGGGGGAUGUGUGUUUAUAUCUCUGGUGGGUCGUAAUGGAGGGACACACGUAAUGGAGGAGCAAGGAACACUAGGAGUUAUCGCUCGUCAUUUUGAAUAUGCAUUCCAAGAGCUGGUGAAUGAGGGUUUUAUCGAGAAAGAGAAGUGGGAAUCCUUCAACCUACCCUGGUUCGGUCCAAAUCCGGAAGAGUUGGAGAGCAUAGUUAAGAGACAAGGGGCGUUCAGGCUGGAGAGUGUAAGGGUGUUGGGAGAAUUUCCUUUGCAUCCCAUGACAGAGAUGAGGAGAGGGGAGGAGGAGGCGUUCGGGAGAUGUGUAGGCAACCAUUACAGAGCACUCUUAGAGAAUAUAGUGGAAGCUCAUUUGGGAUGUGAGAGUUUGACAGACGAAUUCUUCUUGAGAAUUGGUAAAAGAGCAGCUGCUAAGUUUGAGGAGUAUCUCUCCAAUCAAAUAGAGUUAGCUGUUGUCCUUCUGGUUAAAAAUUAAUCCUACGAAUAUGCUAUGAAAAUGCCAAGCAUCCACUUCAUCAAAAUCAAAUAAUUGUUGGCCCAUCACUAUUUCUUUGUAACUCGUUCCGGAGUGACUAGGUCGAGGACAUUCCUAUGCAGGAAUGUGAUGUUACUGUAGAAUUAUCUUGAUGACAACAUCAAGCAGCAAAUGCAUGGGAUUAGGUGUGAUGAUAGCAAUUUUUUCUUAAUAGUGUUCUUUUUAUGAGUAGACUCUAUCUUAUUAAGACUUUAUAGGUGU